AUGAAGAUUAAAGGAGCGAAAUCGAAAUCAGAUAAUAUUGAUGAUGAAAUCGGAAUUAUUCGAAAAGAAGUCCCAACUGUUAUUGUUGCUGAAAUUGUACGCAAAAGACUGAAAGAGAAACCAAGAGAAAUCGAUGAUCUAUGGGCAGUUUUCGGCAAAACCAACAUUUACUUUGGUUUGAACAUUUUUCUGAAUGCAAUCGUUUUUGCCAUUUUCUCACAAUUUGCUUCGACGCAUCGAUUGAUGAGAUACAAUCCUGCCGAGUUUACUUAUGUGCAUUGUGAUGGAAAAGUGGAGAAGUUUGAAUUUACAACUGCAAUUUCUCACGAUGGACAAGUGAUUCUGCGAAAUGGAAAAAUGUCGAUGGAAAGUACAGACCUUCUCAAAGCGAUGUCUGAUUUCUUCGCAAUAUUCCUUCUCCUGUUCUGUUCGCGAUUCAAAGCGAGCAAGGUGUUGCUGACCCUUGGAAUGCUGCUAGUGCUCGUCUUCGUCUUCUCGCGUGCUUCGUUCAUCGUUUUCACCGAUCGAGCGUCGUUCAUGUUGCUUCAUAUUCUCGCAAAUGCCAUCUCGAUAAUGGCACUCCAAUUAGCUCUUGAAGCGGCUCCUCCACAAUACCGAGUAAUGUCAAUCACCAUCGUCUACCUGAUGGCGUAUUGUUUGGAUAUCACACAACUGAUAAUCUUUGUGACGAGAAGAUCCGAGGAAAAGAUUUAUGCAGCCAUAAUGCUGCUGAUUGUCUUCGUCCUGGCAGCAUAUUCAAAGGGUGCGCCUUUCCAAUUUAUAAGAUCUGUCGUUUCGAGGGAUAUUGAUGCAAUUUCGGAGGUCAUCAAAAAAUAUGGAAUCGAAUCAAAAACAAAAUUUCUCGAUGCCGACGCUGUUGUCGAUGACAUUUUAUACCUCGGCUACUUUCCUGUUGGUUUUGUUGAUGCCGUGUCGCAUUUGAUUCAAAUUACUCCAUUUAUGAUCAAAUUGUUCACAUUGGUCAGCGCCUUAUUUCUGAAUAAUGUGACGAAGCAUUUCAAAGAAGGAUGGCGACGAGGAGUUUGUAGUCCUGGUGUCGUCGAAAUGCAUUUCAUCGAAUUAUUUUGCAGCUCGAUAGCCGCUGUUAUUUUUAUUAUAAUGAUCAAUUCAUUAGGUCGCAGAGUUACAAUCAUACUUUCGCUUCUCGCAUCGUUUUGCACAUUCGUGUUUCUCAAAACGAUUCCUUUGAUGUACUUCUCGACUUGCUGGAAUUCAGAAAGACCGAGCGAUGAGGGUUCGAUAACCGCCACGUUUCUGUAUUCGAUGUGGACCAUGUCGCGCACAAUAACCGAAAUUUCAUUGAUUUUGGUCACGUUCGAACAUAUUCCUGCAAUUUACCGCUCUUAUAUUUUCCCGGCAACAAUGUGCACCGAUGUUUUUGCACAUUUGGCGACCACAUCAUUUUAUAAUCUCGAAACGAUCACUGUGCAGGAAUUGUGUGUGAGCGGUGCUGGAGUUCUCUUUAUCGCCCUCAUCAUUGUCAUCAUUUUCAUUGACGACUCCGAGUUUUCGGCAAUGUCCGCUGCAGAAUAUGCUUGCUAUGAUUUGCCAUGGAAGCAACUUGACGGAACAUGGGUCACUCAUCAAACUCUCAUCGACAAGGCGAAUUUGGAAAAGAAAAAUGUCUAA